AUGACUAUUCAAAUGUUGGCAAAGCCGGAAGGUCAGUCUGCCCCGUCGUUUCUUCUCCCAAGCGCUUGUUAUCCCUUGCCUCGGAGGCUGAUGGUGGAUGGCCCUGGUUGCAGGCGUACCGGGAUCACUUUGAAAGAAGGCAAGCGCGACGAGCAUGGAAUGGAAGACAUUGAAGGGAUGUGGUCAUCCCCGGAAAACUCACCCUUGCGAGAUAAUGGCGCCGACGAAAGGAACGAUGCCUCGAUUGGCUCGGACGGGAUGUCAAUGGACGAGGAGAAUGCCCCCGACCCAGCCGAUUUCCUAACCAGUGUCAAAAGCGCCCGUGGGCCUUACCAUCUCCCCCCCGUCGCACGCUCUCCCAUCAAGUCCGGUCUUACCGGGUCGCCGCGGAGAACCCCCGGCUUGCGAUCCUCUCCAAGCCCGCAGCGUGACAUUCUUUCCUCUAGCCCCUCCGAUGGUAAAGGGCUUGGAAGCGCCGCGGGAGAACCACGACAAGACAUUUCUCCACUCACUAAUCGCUCCGUCAAUACACCCUCCUUCCACCAUGCAGCCAGCAUGCGAAACAAAGCGAACAAAGCAUCGGAACCGGCUUUGGCGGCGGCCUUUUCGGACAGUGAUGCGAACAGCCAGUACAAUGGAGACGAAAACGCCGAUGUAUUUGAGCAAAUUCAAAAUGACUUUGCCGACGGCUUCGAAACCAGUGACAACCUUCUAGAAGAUCAAAGGGAGGAUGUGAGGCAGGAUGCUUUGAACCUGGACCCAAAGUCAGCUACACCUGAACCACACCCUCAGAGACAGACGAAAACUUCUACCAGGAACAGAAGGACCGGGAGGAACGAAGAGAUCCGAGCCGAGGGAAUUGCGCAACCCAAUUCAGCUGAGAAUCAAGACUUUUCGAAGAAGAGGAAGCGCCCUGGAAGGCCCCCAAAGAGCCAAGCUCAACCCAAUCCUAAGGAUGGUAGCGAAGAGGAAAGACCAUCAAAAAAGACUAAAGCACCAAAGAAUACGGUUGACGAGCCCAAACCAUCUGGACACCCCCAAUUGGACAAGGUCGUUGAGAACUACGUCAAUCGUACAGGACCUUUGAAGGGGCGAAGCUUGUACAUCCUCAAACGGGAGGCGCCAACAGAUAACAGCACUACUCACACACGAUCAGGACGUGUAUCGGUCAGGCCUCUUGCAUACUGGAGAAAUGAGCGAUGUGUAUACGGCAACGGCGAAGCCGCGGAGGGCCAGCGAUAUCCUCUUUCAACUAUCAAAGAAGUCAUUCGGACAGAAGAGCCUGCAUUGGAAAAGCGGAAAGCGAACAACCGGCGACCAUCUGGAAAGUCGAAAUCGAAGAAGAAGAAUCAUGAGGACGAGUCGGACAGUGAAGAAUACGUCGAUACUUGGGAGAAGAACGAAGGUGUUUUGCACGGAUAUGUGAGGAAAUGGGAUCCCGAGGUCCAAACUGGCACGGAAGACGAGGAAGUUGUCGAUAUCGCCUAUGCCCCUUCUGGGAUCGAGACUCGAGACGUGAAAGGCUCCAAGUUUCGAUUUGCAAAACUUCUGAGUUCCCCUUUCUUGGGAUCCGGAAUUGUCGAACUACCUCCAGGGGGAGUCAAAAAGCCCAAGAAUUCAAAGAAAAUGCACAUGGUGUUUUACGUCUGCAAUGGCCGAGUGCAGAUAGACAUAUCUGGUGUACAGUUUAGUGCGGGAAAAGGCUGCGUCUUCCAAGUUCCACGAGGAAACUACUACAGCUUCGCAAACACACACGGCAAGGAUGCCCGAUUAUUUUUCACGCAGGGCUGCGUCCCAAUGGAUAAGGACGACUCCGCCCCUGAAUCCGCGUCCAAGUUAGAGACCAUGGAGGGGGAUGCUGCUACCCCGAUCACCCGGCCCAGUGGUCCUGGAAAAGGCAGGCCAAAGGGCAAGCAGAAAGGCAAAAAAUAGUUCAAAGUCUGCUUUAAUGAGUCCAUCUCAAAGGCUCCUCUCUAUUUGCAAUAACAGCGGUUAGUUGAUAUCGUGAUUAUUACCUGCACUCAUUUUGCCGAAUCUUCAUGCGAACCCACAUUGAUGUCCAUUAUGGGGUUUUCUCAAUUCUAGCGAUUAUGUUACGUGGUCUUUGGGUCAUUGGUGUUUUCAAAUUUCCAUUGCUUCCUCCAUCCUCAUCCAUUCUGAAAUGUAUCUUAAACGACUCCAAAGGGCAUGGGACCUGCUCACACCCAUGCACUUUGAAAGACGUUCUCUUCUGUAUCGACAGUUUGAUGACAAGGCUUUUUUCCCCCUUCGCCUUGUGCCAAUCCUUGAUCCUAGCGCGAGAGUGGUGCGGCCUAUAGUUCCUCCAGGUCGCCAAGGUCGUCGUCCAGGUCUAAAGGGGGGAAGUCCCCUACCUCAAUUUUGUCGGGUUUCACAAACAGACCAGACUUGCUAGGGCAGGUGAAGAAGCGUUGCCCGCCAACACUACCAUCAUUCUUUCCCGUAGGUUCAUCAAGUUCAAUCCCUAUCCACAGGGGAAGAGAAUCAUCAGACUCUCCCCCGGAGGACCCAGGCCUGACAUUCACUCCGGGAUAGGGAAUAGUGGGCACAGGGCCAACAAAACGGAUAGUGCCCCUACGAAUAUGCGGCGGCGAUGAAGGCAGAAUGAUGGCACGCUUAGAAACAGCGAUUCCUAAGAGUAAAAGCCGGGGUAGUCAGCAUCACGGACACAUACUUUUGAAACUGCCUAGAUCCAUACCCCUUUGUGCAACUUCCUCGGCGUCCUGUUCUGCCUGUCUCCGCAUUGAUUCCUCGGGCGUUGAAGCAUUUGGGUCAAAGCGGCCUAGUUUCUGGUUUCUUUUCCAGGCCAGGACCGAAUUUGGCAGGGACUCGUAAGUUUCUGUAGGGAGGACGUAUUUUUCCACGGAUGAGAGAUCGUUGAAAUUGGGUCUUGCGGACUGGGGUCUCGAAUCAUGGACCUGAUCCGUUGAUUAGUUUUGUGUUCCAACGAUUCCAACAAAUUAUACACGUCUGUUGCUCUCUCUCUCUCUCUCUCUCUCUCUCCCUUCCUCUUUCCCUCUCUGUUUCCUUUUUUAUGCUAGGCUUAAACGUAUAUAGGGUUUGUUUGGUGGGAAGCAAGAAGAAUGUUUACCGCCGGUUGAAUCCUCUCCUACGAAAUCGACAAUGAGAAUGCACGGCGGGGAUCACUCCGAGUGGAGUGGUUGGGUACUGCCGCAGACCUGUAUACCUUUCGUGUAUCUUUUGUGCGGCAAGGCAACUAGAUACACCGAGUUGGAGAAUAGAAGCGGGGGAAGGAAGAAAGAAUUGGUGAGGGAACAGUCCCCAGGGGGAAAAACUGGAGAGCAAAAGCCU